CAGUCGAUCGGCUUCGAAUCAGUGUUUCCGAGAAAUGAGACUCCACAUCAAAGUGUUCGUCCUUCUUUGUUUGAUCUGUUUAGCGAGUGCGAGUGGUAGUGAGUCACCCAAAUCUAAAGGGAAAUACCGCAUCAAACUGCCGCCCUGGAUGAAAAACAUGGCAGAGAUGAGAUGGCCGUGGAAGAAACGGCCCAAGGACAACCGCGAGUUUGUGAAAGGUAGAGGGCAAGAUCUCGAAAUGACGGCUGGCGACACAAUCGUCUCGGCGAUGAUCCCCAAUAGAAGAAUCCUGUGCGUCCCUUACCGUUGGAUGUACGCCAUUGACCACGCGCACGUCAUCGCCUUUUGGCCAGGCCUCGGCACACUGACCAACGUCGCAAAAAAAGGCAAAACCAACGCCCACCUCGUCAACAUCAAAAGCGAGAUGACGGGAGAUAAACUCAUGAACAGGGGCAGGAAGAGAAAACAUAUCGGCAUUGUGGGCAGUUUGGUAGCCGCGCUCAUGAUUGAAUCGAAACACGACCUACCGUUCCAUGCGUUCAGGUGCGCGGGGAAGCACUACGUGGAGUACCUCUCGCGAGGCAAAGCGCAGGGCAGCCCUCUCAGCUACAUGCACAAUAAAAUGAUGGCCGAGUGCCCUCUCCGAGCUCCGUUGACGAAGGACAUGGCUAGAACAAUAUUCCAUUCCGGCAAAUUCACCCUCCAUGGUAAAGGAGACAAGCACGUCAUCCAUCUAGCUUUGCCCGGAGUUGAGAAGCUGUCCGAAGGACAUAGUGCCAGAGACCUCUGGCCUCAGUACAUUAGAGACAUGAAAUUAUUCCAGUAGAUGCAGAGAAGUACUGCCGUCCACAGGAAAAAAGCCGUAACUCCGAUCAAAACUUUGCAUUUUUCUCUCACAUAUCGACAGUGAAACUGGCAGACCACGUGUCUUGUUUGCGGUGUUAAAAAAUCUCCGCUCACACACUGGAAAAA